UCUCUCUCUCUCUCUCAGAGGCGCAUAUUAUACACACCCACAGAUUAGGGAACCCCUCCGCCCCCCACACCUCUCCCCGAAUCCCCAACCCACAACCUCCCCAAAAAUAAAGAAAAGAAGAAAAAGAAACAGAAUCAACCGUCGCCGUCCUAUUUCUCUCCUUCUACUCCCUCUCCACCGUCCAUCUACUGUCUCUCUCUCUCUCUCUCUCUCUCUCUCUCCUUCUUCUUCUUUUGCUUCUUUCACUAUGCAAUGUUUCCAUGAUUAAUCUCAGCAAUCGAUUACUACUUCGAUCUGAUGCUCAACUUCUUGAUCCGUUCUCGAGACGUUUCUUUCUAUUUUGAAACGUUUCGUCUCGAUUUCUUUCACUGCCGAUGUAGAAAUAUCAGUUUUUUUUUUCCUUCUUUAAAUCAAGUUUUGAACUCUUCUAAUGAAUAUUCUACUAUUCAAUAGAUAAGCUUUUCAAGAUUCAGGUUUUUAAGGGUUUAAUCUCAAAAAUCGAUGUGUUUGCUUAUAAAAGUUGAGAUUUUUAUUUUACUGAUUGGUUAGCUUGUAAAUUCUAGUCAACUACUUUAGUUUAGGGUUUUUGAUUUUAAUUACUUUUUCUAGUGAUAGUAUGGAAGAGGAGAAUAAUAAGAACAGUAAAUUGAAUAAAACAAUGAGCAGUGGGAGUUGCAGCAACGGUUCCGACGUAUUAGACUACGUGAUGCCAUAUAUCCAAGGCCCGAAAGACCGCGACGCCGUUUCAUUAGUAUGUCGCCGAUGGUACGAGUUAGAUGCUUUAACACGUAAGCAUAUAACGAUAGCUUUAUGUUAUACAACAAGUCCAGAUCGGCUUCGUCGUCGUUUUAAGCACCUUGAAUCUUUAAAGCUUAAAGGGAAACCUAGAGCUGCGAUGUUUAAUCUAAUACCUGAAGAUUGGGGCGGUUAUGUUACUCCUUGGAUUGAUGAAAUUGCUGCGGCGUCGUUUACUUGCUUGAAAUCUCUUCAUUUUAAACGUAUGAUCGUUAAAGAUUCUGAUCUUGCCCUUUUAGCUAAGUCUCGUGGAAAGGUUUUACAUGUGUUGAAACUUGAUAAGUGUUCUGGCUUCUCUACCGAUGGCCUUUUACACGUGGCUCGCUUUUGCAGGCAAUUAAGAACAUUAUUCUUGGAAGAGAGCGCAAUUUUUGAGAAAGAUGGUGAUUGGCUACAUGAGAUUGCCAUGAACAACACAGUUCUUGAGAUUCUAAAUUUUUACAUGACGGAUCUCAAUGCAGUGAGAUUUGAAGACCUUGAGAUCAUAGCCAAAAACUGUCGUUGUUUAGUCUCUGUCAAAAUUAGUGAUUGUGAAAUACUGGAUCUGGCUGGUUUCUUUCAUGCUGCAGCUGCUUUGGAAGAAUUUUGUGGGGGUUCCUUCAAUUAUUCAGCCAAUGAUCUACAAGAUAAGUAUUCUGCCGUGACAUUUCCCCGAAAAUUAUGCCGUUUGGGUCUAACCUAUUUGGGAAAAAAUGAAAUGCCAAUAGUGUUCCCUUUCGCAUCCCUGCUCAAAAAGUUGGAUCUCCUCUAUGCGUUGCUUGAUACAGAGGAUCAUUGUCUUCUAAUUCAAAAAUUCUGCAACUUAGAAGUUCUUGAGACAAGAAAUGUUAUUGGAGAUAGAGGGUUGGAAGUUCUUGCUUCAAGUUGUAAGCGAUUAAAGAGGCUUAGAAUUGAGCGUGGUGCUGAUGAGCAGGGGAUGGAGGAUGAAGAAGGUAUAGUUUCACAUAGAGGAUUAAUUGCAUUGGCGCAGGGCUGUCUAGAACUGGAGUACCUGGCUGUUUAUGUUUCUGAUAUCACAAAUGCAGCUCUGGAACAUAUUGGUGCUCACUUGAAGAACCUAAAUGAUUUUCGCCUGGUUUUGCUUGAUAAAGAAGAGAGGAUAACAGAUCUACCACUUGACAAUGGUGUUAGAUCUCUACUGAGGCAGUGUGAGAAGCUUCGAAGGUUUGCUCUGUACCUCCGACCAGGGGGUUUGACUGAUGUGGGUCUUGGAUAUAUUGGGGAAUAUAGUCCAAACGUGAGAUGGAUGCUUUUGGGGUACGUUGGAGAGUCUGAUGAAGGGCUUUUGGCAUUUUCUAAAGGAUGCCCUAGUCUUCAGAAACUAGAAAUGAGGGGCUGUUGCUUCACCGAAAGGGCACUGGCUAGAGCUGUGAUGCAACUGACUUCUUUAAGGUAUCUGUGGGUUCAAGGUUAUAGAGCGUCAUCUGUUCCGGGCCGUGAACUCUUAGCAAUGGCUCGCCCUUUUUGGAAUAUUGAGUUGAUUCCUCCUAGACGGGUAGUCGUGGUUAACCAGGUCAACGAAGAUGUUUUGGUCGAGCAGCCAGCCCAUAUACUUGCAUAUUACUCCCUUGCUGGAGCAAGAACAGAUUUUCCAGAUUCUGUUGUCCCCUUGCAUCCGAAGAGAGGUUAGUUGCUUAGAGAGCUGUACAUGAUGCUGGUUGCGUCCUUUAUUUUUCCGGACAUUCCCUGUCUGUAAAUUCAUCCUUCUUUUUUAUUUUCUUUUUUCCCACUUCGGUAAGAGAGUUUCGAUUCUAAGUUUUAAUUUUGUAUUUUUACUUAUAGUAGACCGUUACCUUGUAAUAAGCUUGCAUUUGCCCUGUAAUUUGGAACCACUUGUACUCUUUGGUGAGCCAGUUUCUUGUUCUCUAGGAUCAAUUAGCACAAGUUUUUGUUUUUUUCUUUUUAUUCUUCUGUUACAUGCUUGGAAACCUUGUAAUUCCAUGUGCCGAUUCAAUGUUGGAAAUUGCUGUUACUUUGCUCUGAAA